GCAACGUUUCAGAAGAGAACGUUGGGGGGUGAUAACGUUACUGCGAGUCUUUCUGAUAUGAGAGUAUGUUGUAAAUGAUUCAUUUAAACAGGUACUCCACUGGCCCCUGGGAGUACGACUUUAGCUCGGUACAUGCACGUUUUCUGGAGUAUCCUCAAAUAGAGUUUAUCAACUGUGAGAUAAAGUUUAAGGAAUAUUGAAUCUUGGACGACUGACUAUUAAAAAUGGGGACAAUUCCAAGUGAUGUCAAGAGGCUUUUGAAUGACUGUGAGAUGUUCUUGGAUGACAUCCUGAAGGAAGAGAAUCUGAGCAAGAAUGCAGAAACGAUGAGGAACAUCUUGCUGGGCAACUUCACAGUUGUCUAUAAUCAGUGCGGGGCUCCGGCGGGCUCCGGCAGAAGGCAGAGGCUGGUUGGUAUUCCGGCGGUCACUCCCAUUAAUAGUGCAGUACGGUUCUGUCUAUCGCCUCUGUCCACAGACUUGGGGGAGAUCCUGCCGGUGGCCCCUCAGGACCUGAACAACGUCCUGAAGCAAGGCCACCUGGAGAAGAGGAAAAGAGACCACAGCUUCUUCGGCUCCGAGUGGCAGAAGAGAUGGUGCGUGCUCAACAACUCAACGCUCUACUACUUUGGCAGCGAAAAAGACAGGCAGCAGAAGGGGGCCUUCUUCAUCCACGGCUACGCAGCGGCGCAGGUGGUGAGCCUACGCAAGGAGAGGCAGAAGAUGUCCUGCUUUGAGCUCAGCGCCCCCGGACGGCGCAGCUACCAGUUUACAGCCAGCAACCCCCAGGAGGCCAAAGACUGGGUCGACCAGAUCAAUUUUGUCCUAAAAGAUCUCCAGUCCGGUGCCAUCCCAUUCGACGUUGACGAGGAGGAGGAGGAGGAGGAGGAAGAGGAGGAGGAGGAGGAGGAGGAGGAGGGGGAGGAGACCUACGAUGACAUUGACGGGAGGGAGGAGGAGGAAGAGGACGAGGACGCUAUCUACGAGAUGCUGCCGGGGGAGGAUUCUCUGGAGACGAUGGAUGAGCCCAGCGAGAACAGCAGCAAACCAGAGUCAGACUACUCUAACUACUACCAGGGUCUGUGGAACUGUGAGGGCGACCAGCCUGAUGAGCUGAGCUUCAACAGAGGAGAUCUCAUCUGCAUCCUGAGCAAGGUGUACAACAUCCAUGGCUGGUGGGUAGGCGAGCUGAAGGGGGCAGUGGGGAUCGUUCCCAAAGACUUCCUAGACCAGGCCUACAUCCUCUGAGUGCCAACAGAACCGCCGCACAUCCGUCUGGGAAUUCCAGGAAGGGGCCGUGCGGGAAAUCCAUUAGCAAUAUAUUGUUAUUAUUUUUUCCCCUAUGAUUUUAUUUAACUUUUCCUGUACGUUUUCUUUUAUUACUUUUGGUCCGUUAUGUUUGUUGUGGAAAUGGUAUAAAUGUCGUGGACAUGAAAAACAAAAUACAGAAAUGUGUUCAACUUAAUUGUAAAUUUAUUUCCUCUGUUCAGUAAAGUCCAAAACAAUUUCUCAAAUGUAAACUGAAAACAUACUAUGAAUAACAGUAGGCCUACCCCAAAUUUGUUAACAUUUUCAACACAACCAGUCUCAUAAAAAGCAAUUACAUAUUUUAGUUGAACAUAACCUGUGGUAACUGAACUUUCAUUUAAAACCACUAGGUGGAAGUAAAGCAUACACAAUUCACCGUGCAGAACCACCGAGCUCACGGUUCCCAUGGGAACAUUUCUCCGAGCGCACAUUGAUAAAACACCAUAGGCGACAAUAAAAGGUAGGCUAUACAGUAGAGCUAGUAGGGGCCCAACACUGUCUGAUGUGUUGAAGAUAAAGCACCCACUAAAACAAUCAAACUAUAACUUUGGACCUGAAAGCUUACUUCGUUUAAAAAAAGUGGCGUCCGUUAAACAUCGAGUUAGACUAGGGUCUGGUGUAGUGAGCAGCAGGACUGAAAUGCAAAGGAGGUCCAAAUGUACAACUAGAGGCCGUCCUGCCAGAAAAUCUGUGUUGCCAGAUUCGGCCAGAUUUCCCGCCCAAUCUGGCAACACUGGCUGCAUCGCCGGCUACACUGGAGUGUCAGCUGGCUUGGAUACAAUUUAGAUGGUCCUUGCUUUCAUUUAGUCCUCUGCAUGAAAUAUCAGCAGUGAUUUAAACUUCUUAUGACGACACGUUUCAUAUCCAGGUUUAAAGCGCUGGUCUGAGUGAUCAUCUUGACCAAGGCAGUGAAUCUGGAAAACCACCCUCGCUUCUUGUAGUCUAUUAUAAUUAUAAUGCUAUUGGUACAUGUGUGAUUUUACAGGUGGACAUCUGAUCUGUCCCUGCGCGGUGGUCCAACGCACCUGCCAGUGAAUAUAAGAGUCAGUGUGUCACCUGAGGUCUACUCGUGGUCCUUCUCCGUAUAUGCAUUGGAAAGUAAUAUAAUGUAAAAUAUUAUCUCAUAACGCCUAACGGUCAUUAGCGAGCCGAUAUCGGUUUGAUGAACUGCUGUGUGCGCGCCCCCCUACAAACUGAAAUCACCUACUUCCAUAUUCAAAAAGCAAGUAGGACCCAUUUUUAGCGCACCUAAGGCAACAUUUGUUUCAACUGUUUCCACGGGUCGUUUUGUUUUUCACUUAAAAAAUAUAUAUGUCUAAUCUUUUAAUUACAACGAUUUUAAAUUAAUCCCUUUUCCUUGUGCAAAUCUAAAUCGGAAACCUGAAACCCAUUGUAAACAUGAGCGCCCUCUGCUGACGGAACAAAGCUCUCAUUUUACAGGCGUGAUUCAAGAAGACUCAAACAUUUUGAAGAGGACAGAGACACAUAACGAGGGAUCAUCUAUACUCCUAGAAACAUACGGUGGACCUAAACGACUGCUAUGCACGAUGAGUCCAUCCUCAACACUCUAGCAGGUUCCAUCGGACUAUACUUUAGAUAAAUUGAAUUACAAACUCAAUUACUCAAUCGCUGAAUAAUGAUUUUACUUAACGACUUGCUAGAAUAUAUCUCCUCGUGUGCGUCCGUGUGUGUGUAUGCGUGCGCGUUGUUAUGGAAGGACACAU